GGUGAGCCCCUCCGCCGCCCGCGAGCAUGUCACCUCCAGCCGCCGCGGUAGCUUCUGCCAGCAGUGCCCGCGUCCCCGCCUCCCGCAGCCGCAGCCGCUGCUUCGGGCAUUGGCCCCCGGACCCCCACCCCUGAUCCACGCCCGGACCCCCGCGCCAGAGGACCAUGGCAGGCCAGGGGGACUGCUGCGUCAAGGUGGCCGUCAGGAUCCGGCCCCAGCUUUCGAAGGAGAAGAUUGAGGGCUGUCACAUCUGCACCUCCGUCACCCCGGGAGAGCCCCAGGUCCUGCUGGGGAAGGACAAGGCCUUUACCUACGACUUUGUCUUCGACUUGGACACCUGGCAGGAACAGAUCUAUUCGACCUGUGUGAACAAGCUCAUCGAGGGCUGCUUCGAGGGUUACAAUGCCACAGUGCUGGCCUACGGGCAGACAGGGGCCGGGAAGACGUACACUAUGGGCACUGGCUUUGACAUGACAACGUCGGAGGAUGAGCAGGGCAUCAUCCCGAGGGCCAUUGCACACCUCUUUGCGGGCAUCGCUGAGCGCAAGCGGCGGGCGCAGGAGCGGGGCGUAACUGGGCCUGAGUUCAAAGUCAGCGCUCAGUUCCUGGAGCUCUACAACGAGGAGAUCCUUGACCUGUUUGAUAACACCCGCGACCCUGAUGCCCGCCACCGCAGGUCCAACAUCAAGAUCCAUGAGGAUGCCAAUGGCGGCAUCUACACCACAGGAGUCACUUCCCGCCUCAUCAACUCCCAGGAGGAGCUGAUCCAGUGCCUGAAGCAGGGGGCGCUGUCGCGCACCACAGCCAGCACCCAGAUGAAUGUGCAGAGCUCCCGUUCCCACGCCAUCUUCACCAUCCACCUGUGCCAGAUGCGCGUGUGUGCCCAGCCCAACCUGGUGAAUGAGACAGUUGCUGGGCUUCCUGAGGGCACGGCUCCUGCCAGUGAGUAUGAGACCCUCACCGCUAAGUUUCACUUUGUGGACCUGGCUGGCUCUGAGCGGUUGAAGCGGACAGGGGCCACCGGCGAGCGGGCCAAGGAAGGCAUCUCCAUCAACUGUGGCCUGCUGGCCCUGGGCAACGUGAUCAGCGCCUUGGGGGACCAGAGCAAGAAGGUGGUGCACGUGCCCUACAGGGACUCCAAGCUCACUCGGCUCCUCCAGGACUCCCUGGGGGGCAACAGCCAGACCAUCAUGAUCGCCUGCGUGAGCCCCUCAGACCGAGACUUCAUGGAGACCCUCAAUACGCUCAAAUAUGCCAAUCGUGCCCGCAACAUCAAGAACAAGGUGGUGGUGAACCAGGACAAGACCAGCCAGCAGAUCAGCGCACUGCGGGCUGAGAUCGCGCGCCUGCAGAUGGAACUGAUGGAGUACAAAGCGGGCAAGCGGGUAAUUGGGGAGGAUGGUGCCGAGGGCUACAGCGACCUGUUCCGGGAGAACGCCAUGCUGCAGAAGGAGAACGGGGCACUGCGGCUGCGGGUGAAGGCCAUGCAGGAGGCCAUCGAUGCCAUCAACAACCGUGUCACCCACCUCAUGAGCCAGGAGGCCAACCUGCUCCUGGCCAAGGCUGGUGAUGGCAACGAGGCCAUCGGAGCUCUGAUCCAGAACUACAUCCGGGAGAUUGAGGAGCUGCGGACAAAGCUCCUGGAGAGUGAGGCCAUGAAUGAGUCCCUCCGGCGCAACCUCUCCCGGGUCUCUGCUCGCAGUCCCUACUCCCUGGGCUCAUCGCCAGCUGCCCCCAGCUUCGGGGGCAGCCCAGCCAGCUCCAUGGAGGAUGCCACCGAGGUGAUCCGCAAGGCCAAGCAGGACCUGGAGCGGCUAAAGAAGAAAGAGAGCAGGCAGCGGAGAAAGAGCCCAGAGAAGGAUGCCUUCAAAAAGAGGGCAAAACUCCAACAGGAAAACAGCGAGGAGACUGAUGAGAAUGAGGCUGAGGAGGAGGAGGAAGAGCGGGAUGAAAGUGGCUGUGAGGAGGAGGAAGGACGAGAGGAUGAAGAUGAGGACUCGGGCAGUGAGGAGAGCCUGGUGGACUCGGACUCGGACCCUGAGGAGAAGGAGGUGAACUUCCAGGCGGACCUGGCUGAUCUGACAUGCGAGAUCGAGAUCAAGCAGAAGCUGAUCGAUGAGCUGGAGAAUAGCCAGCGGAGGCUGCAGACACUGAAGCACCAGUACGAGGAGAAACUGAUCCUGCUGCAGAACAAGAUCCGCGACACGCAGCUGGAGCGUGACCGCGUGCUGCAGAACCUCAGCACCAUGGAGUGCUACACAGAGGAGAAGGCCAACAAGAUCAAGGCGGAUUAUGAGAAGAGGCUGCGGGAGAUGAACCGUGACCUGCAGAAGCUGCAGGCCGCGCAGAAGGAGCACGCGCGGCUGCUCAAGAACCAGUCGCGCUACGAGAGGGAGCUGAAAAAGCUGCAGGCCGAGGUGGCCGAGAUGAAGAAGGCUAAGGUGGCCCUGAUGAAGCAGAUGCGCGAGGAGCAGCAGCGGCGGCGGCUGGUGGAGACCAAGAGGAACAGGGAGAUCGCACAGCUCAAGAAGGAGCAGCGGCGGCAGGAGUUUCAGAUCCGGGCUCUGGAGUCCCAGAAGCGGCAACAGGAAAUAGUCCUGAGGAGGAAGACCCAGGAGGUUUCUGCACUAAGGCGUCUGGCCAAGCCCAUGUCUGAGCGAGUGGCGGGGCGUGCAGGACUGAAACCACCAAUGCUGGACUCGGGGGUGGAGGUGUCGGCCAGCACCACCUCAUCAGAGGCCGAGUCGGGGGCCCGCUCCGUCUCCAGCAUCGUGCGCCAGUGGAACCGCAAGAUCAACCACUUCUUGGGGGACCACCCCGCAUCCACUGUAAAUGGCACCCGCCCUGCCAGGAAGAAGUUCCAGAAGAAGGGGGCCAGCCAGAGCUUCAGCAAGGCUGCACGUCUCAAGUGGCAGUCCCUGGAACGGCGGAUCAUAGACAUCGUCAUGCAGAGGAUGACCAUUGUCAACCUCGAGGCCGACAUGGAGCGGCUCAUCAAGAAAAGGGAGGAGCUCUUCCUCCUGCAGGAGGCCUUGCGGAGGAAGCGGGAACGGCUGCAGGCUGAGAGCCCCGAGGAGGAGAAGGGGCUGCAAGAGCUGGCUGAGGAGAUUGACGUGCUGGCAGCCAACAUCGACUACAUCAAUGACAGCAUCACCGACUGCCAGGCCACCAUUGUGCAGCUGGAGGAGACCAAGGAAGAGCUGGACUCGACGGACACAUCAGUGGUCAUCAGCUCCUGCUCCCUGGCCGAAGCCCGCCUUUUGCUGGACAACUUCCUCAAGGCGUCCAUUGACAAGGGGCUGCAAGUAGCUCAGAAGGAGGCCCAGAUCCGGCUGCUGGAGGGAAGGCUGAAGCAGACAGACAUGACGGGCUCCUCCCAGAACCACCAGCUUCUGGACGCCCUGCGCGAGAAGGCUGAGGCGCACCCCGAGCUGCAGGCCCUCAUCUACAAUGUGCAGCAGGAGAAUGGCUACGCCAGCACAGAUGAGGAGAUCUCCGAAUUCUCUGAGGGAAGCUUCUCCCAGUCAUUCACCAUGAAAGGCUCCACCAGCCAUGAUGAUUUCAAGUUCAAGGGGGAGCCCAAGCUGUCUGCCCAGAUGAAGGCUGUUUCGGCUGAGUGCCUGGGUCCCCCACUGGACAUCUCCACGAAGAACAUCACCAAGUCCCUGGCCUCCCUUGUCGAGAUCAAAGAGGAUGCAGUGGGCUUCUCAAUCCGAGACUCCUACUACCGGGACAAGGUCUCCCGCACCAUCAGCCUGCCCACCAGAGGCAGCACCUUCCCCCGGCAAUCUCGCGGCACGGAGACGUCCCCUCUGACCCGCAGGAAGUCCUAUGACCGAGGGCAGCCCAUUAGGGGCAUCAUCACCCCUGUUGGAGGAGCCAAGGGUGCGCGGACGGCCCCGCUGCAGUGUGUCUCCAUGGCCGAGGGCCACACCAAGCCCAUCCUCUGCCUGGACGCCACGGAUGAGCUACUUUUCACAGGCUCCAAAGACCGAAGCUGUAAGAUGUGGAACUUGGUGACGGGGCAGGAGAUCGUGGCUCUAAAGGGCCACCCCAACAAUGUGGUAUCCAUCAAAUACUGCAGCCACUCGGGGCUGGUGUUCUCCGUGUCCACCUCCUACAUCAAGGUGUGGGACAUCCGGGACUCGGCCAAGUGCAUCCGCACCCUCACGUCCUCAGGCCAGGUGAUCUCGGGUGACGCCUGUGCCGCCACAACCACCCGCGCCAUCACCAGUGCUCAAGGGGAGCACCAGAUCAACCAGAUUGCCCUCAGCCCCUCCGGCACCAUGCUGUACGCCGCCUCAGGCAACGCUGUCCGUGUCUGGGAGCUCAGCAGGUUCCAGCCGAUCGGCAAGCUGACUGGCCACAUUGGCCCCGUGAUGUGCCUCACGGUCAGCCAGACCUCCAGCCACCAUGACCUUGUGGUGACCGGCUCCAAGGACCACUAUGUUAAGAUGUUCGAGCUGGGCGAGGGUGUGACGGGCACCGUGGGCCCCACCCACAACUUUGAGCCCCCACACUAUGACGGCAUCGAGUGUCUUGCCAUCCAGGGAGACAUCCUGUUCAGUGGCUCCCGAGAUAACGGCAUCAAGAAGUGGGACCUGGAGCAGCAGGAGCUCAUCCAGCAAAUCCCAAACGCACACAAGGACUGGGUGUGCGCCCUGGCCUUCGUCCCGGGCCGUCCCAUGCUCCUGAGCGCCUGCCGCGCGGGCGUCAUCAAGGUCUGGAACGUGGAGAACUUCACACCCAUCGGUGAGAUCAAGGGCCAUGACAGCCCCAUCAAUGCCAUCUGCACCAACACCAAGCAUAUCUUCACAGCCUCCAGUGACCUGACGGUGAAGUUCUGGAGUGUACGGCGCUUACCCAGUGGCCCACCCUAGGAGUGAGGUCCGAGGGAUGCCCCCGACCCUCGACCCUGGACAGCAUGGACAGCACAGAAGGGAAGCUGUGGCCU